AUGAUUUCGACUACAUCAUCAACUCGUAGCAAGAGCAAGAAAAUUGCAUCAUCUAAUGAUGAGACUCCAAACAAUGAUCUUUUGGCUGCUUUUGCACCUAUUAAACAAUCUCGAUCUGCUAUACCUUGCUUCAAACCAUCAAAUCGCAAUAUUCAAGUAAAUAAUAGUGCAAAAACAAUCAAAAAAAAUAAGGAUAUAAGUGAAAAAGUUAAUAUAGUACGUAAAGAGACUUCAAUGGUAGUGGUAGAAAUUCCCACAUGCGAUUACUCAAACACUGAUAACAAUAAAAAUCACGAGUCAUCUAGCAAAUCAUUUACGAUUUUAACUUUGAGUACUCGCCAAUUUAAGGGCGAUUUUACCAUGAAUGACAAAGAGCAAGAACGUACAAAGAGAAAGAAUAGUGUUGGUCCAAAUAUUAUGUCUUGGCUUGAAGAAAUGUUAUAUAAAAUAAUGCAAUACGCUAAGGUCGUAUAUAAGAAAGUAAUUUCUGCCAAUAAAGCUGCAGCUCACACUGAAAAUGCUAUCAACAAGUUUAUAAAGGAAUAUAAAUCGUUUGGAGAAAAAAAUGAUAUUGACUGCAAUAACGAAGUUGUUAAAGGGUCUGCUAAAAAGAAAUUAUCCUGGUACACUACUAUAUUGAUUAAGUCAUGUAAUGACCUUUUCCUAGCUGACAAAAACCCCACAAAUAAUACUAUGAAAGAUACUAUUUAUACAGCUCUAAGUGAUGAGCAUCCAAAUGAAAUUAAAAAAAUUGAAAGUAAUAAGGAUAGAUGGCUUAAAUAUUGGUCUGCGGUGCUACAAUCAUUG